AUGGCUUUGGCAGAUAGAAGACCUCUUGGAUUUCCAGUUACUUCAACUCCCGCAUCCCCAGCUUUCAACCCAAAGACGUUGAGCUUGAACUCAUCAGCAUCGACGACUUCAUCCGAUAAUGAUAUGACUCAAGGUUUCAAAUCGUCUAUGGAUGAUAUGAAGGGGAAGCUUUCUGAGAGUGAUAUUAAGCCAUUGACCCCAGAGAAGAGCUUAAGCCCCGUUGAGUUAUCUCCUACUCUGAGAAGCAUUUCACCUGAUUCUUUGAUGAAUUCAGAUUCCUAUAGGAAAUUGAACGCAACGACAAUUGCGCCUUCUUCAACUACCUCCAUUACCUCGAAUAGCUCAAGAGGGUCGUCUCCGUCGAUCAAUCCUACUAAUUCGAAUGUUAAUGUCUUGAAGAAACCGAAGAAUACUAGCAGGGCACCAAUUGCAACUGGUAUCUCAACCACAAUUCCUGUUACAGGAGAAAAGCCAAAACCAAGUCAAAAGGAUGAUCCUUCCUUAGAAGAUGAUGUUUUGUAUGCAAUUUUCGUUAUAUUAUACGAGAAGGAUCCUGAAGGAAGUGGAAUGACAGUCAAACAAAUUUGUGAUAUCUUGGUUGAGCAACAUCCAGAUAUGGCCAAUUUGUCAACUAAGACUUCAAAUCUUGUCAGUGCUAAAUUGAAUGCUUAUGUUAAAAGAGUCGAAAAGGGUGACUCAAGUCUUAAAUAUGCUUUGUCUAGAGAUUGGGCUGAUGCGUCACCUAAAAGGAUGGUGUAUGUUUAUAGAGGUCUUUUAACUGACGACUUCCAUUUGCAUGUUAAGAAUGUUAUGGAAGUACAAAAGCAGCAGCAUGAUCAUAGUGAAAGUCCUUCUGCAUCCAAAAUUGAUGAAAGAAAUUCAUUAGAGGCUGGCAAACAAGCUAAUAUUUUGAAGCCAAGAAGACAAACAAUGUUUGAUUUAGGUGUCACAAAGAAUACGUUUUUAGAAAGUGCCUUAGAUAAGUCUAACUUGGUUGUCCCAUAUUCUUCAGCACCGGUAACCGCUUCUUUAACUGAAGCUAAUGGUGAAUCUAAAAAGAUUACGUCCAGUAAUCAACAAGAAUCAGAUUUAGAAUUUGAAGAAUUUGAGGUUUUCAAUGAUAUUGAAGAUGACGAUGAAGACAAUGGCAUCAAUUUAGAAAUGAAUGAUAUGUACAUCGAUUCAUUUAAGAAAAAUGGUAAACGUUCUAAAUCUUUAUCUUACUUGUCGUCAAACAAAAAGCCAAAAAUUUUGACUGCUGCUGCUGCUGCACCUAGGGCUCCAAGAACACCUAGUUCACACAAUGCCAAUGCUGCAGCAGCUGCUGCCGCAUUACAUGCUGCUGCUUUUAAAGCAAUUUCUGCUCCAUCAUCUCAAUUAUCCGAGUCUUCUUUGAAGUCUAAUGCAAGCACAACGGCGAACUCAAAUGUAAGCUGCCCUUCUAAUAAAAAAUGGUUGAACGUUGUAAGAUCAGGAUUUUUAACUCAGGAUAUCGGUACUCCAGAAGAGAUUAGUUUAUCAGAUUUGGAUAAAUUUUUCGCUUAA